AAAUAACCUUUUUUAUUGCCCACCUUUAGCUUUAGGAGAAGGAAUGCAGUGAACCCUUGCACUUGAGAAAACGAAAUUGCGAUGAUGAAAAACAAAAUCGAGUUGAUCAGUUCACCACACGGGCCUCUACCCGAUCUUCCGGAAGAAAUUAUCAAAGAAAUACUGCUGAGGCUGCCCGCAAAAUCACUCUCGAAAUUUAGGUCUGUGUCAAAAUGUUGGUUUUUCUUGAUUUCAAGUUAUGAGUUUGCUAAGGUCCAUCUGAAAAUAUCAAACAAGAACAACAUUUUUGAACGCUAUAGACUUAUAGUUGGCUCCAUUCAAUCUCUCAUGGAUUUACACACUUGUUCUCUACGAGAAACGGUUGGGAAUACUGUUUAUACCGGUCCAAUUUACCCUGAUGUUGAUAUGCUCCCUGAUGUUGUUCGCUUUGAUUGCCCAUCUUGCAAUGUUAAUAGUUUGGUAUGGAUGGAGGGGUCUUGUAAUGGGUUGGUUUGUGUUCUUGAGUCAGCAAGAACUUUGAUUUUGUGGAACCCCACAAUCAGAAAAUACCGGGUUUUGCCUUGCUCUGGAACGCCUAUGAGGUUCGAGCACUAUCCCCUGAACUUUGGGUUUGGUUAUGAUGAGGUUCAUGAUGAUUAUAAGGUGGUGGAGCUUUUACAUUUGGAUCCUGGCAUGUCUUUGACGGAGCCUAGAGCAAAGGUCUAUAGUUUGAGGAGUAAUAGUUGGAAGGCAUUGUUGAAUUGGCCGAAUGAGAAAGUGGCUUUGCGUUCGGGGGUGUUUCUGAAUGGGGCCAUUUAUUGGUUGGUGUUUUGUGCUGGGAGGCCAUCUGAUUGGGGGAUUGUUUCCCAUGAUCUUGCUUUGGAGACAUUUGUGGAGUCGGAGCUUCCAUUUAAUGAUGAUGAUGCUCUUAGGUUUGAGAUGAAUGCAUUAGGUGGUUGCCUUUCUGUGUGUUAUCAAUAUAAAAUGUGGUUGGAUGUGUGGCUCAUGAAGGAAUGUGGUGUUGCGAAAUCAUGGACUAAGAUUAUGAGAAUUCCAUCGACAUGGGUGCGUUUUUCUUUCAUGACAAAGCCGCUGCUGCUGAUGGAGGAUGGUCAGAUGCUGAUUAGAUAUGGGUCUGAGUUGGCAUUGUAUGAUCCUAGAAACCCAUCUGUUCAGCAGAAGGCUUCUGAAUAUGAUGUUGAGGCUGCAGUGUAUUUUGAGAGUCUAGUUUCACCAAAUUUGGAUGAUGAAGUAAUCAUUGCAAGAACAUUACCCCAUAAUGUCAUUACAGAGAUCCUCCUGAGAUCACCUGUGAAGUCUCUCCUGCGCUUUAAAUCUGUUUCAAAAAAAUGGUUUUAUUUAAUUUCAAGCUCUGAUUUUGUGAAGGCCCAUCUCAAGGUAUCAACCAAAAACAAUGUACACAUCAAUGACAAAGUCAUCUUUGGCUCAAAUACCUUCCCUUUCGAUCUAUAUACAUGUUCACUUCACACUGGGAUUGAGGGUUCUAAUAUAAGUGAUCCUAUUUACCCUACUACUAUUGAAAGCAUACCAUUUGAUCGAGUAAGGUUUGAUUUUGCUGAGCCGGAUGAUUCGAUAUGGAUUGUGGGUUCCUGUAACGGGCUGGUUUGUGUGGCUGUGUCUGGUUACACUGUUGUUUUGUGGAAUCCAACUACAAGAAGAAUGAAACUAAUUCCAGACUCUGGCACAGAUCCGGAUCGUGAUUCGUUCGGAUAUGGUUUUGGUUAUGACGAACUGCAUGAUGAUUAUAAAGUGGUGGAGGUAUCUGGUGAUAAGUGUCAGAUGACAGGUGCAUAUGAGACUCAACAAAAGGUUUACAGUGUGAGGACUAACUCUUGGAAGAUUUUGUCAAAUUGGCCGCUUAGCAAUUCAUGUUAUGGGACAGGCAAGUUUAUGUAUGGAUCCAUCCAUUGGUCAGUAUGCUCCUCGGAUAUUGUUUCUCAUGAUCUUGCAACAGAUAGUUUGGUGGAGUUACCUAUGCCUGAUUUUGAUGAUGAUGAUGAUGAUGAUGAUGAUGAUUUCAGACUAGAUAUAGAGAUUUUAAAUGGUUGCCUAGCUGCAUGCUUUGAGCGUAAUGUUUACAUGGAUAUAUGGGUGAUGAAGGAGUAUGGUACGAGAGAAUCAUGGACUAAACUGGUUCGCAUCCCAUUUUUUCUUGAUUUCAGAGAUCAUGAUUUUUUCAGACCUUGUCCGUUGUUUUCAUUAAAGGAUGGAAAGAUUUUAUUGAAUUUUGGAUCAAGUAUAAUAGUAUAUGAUUCAAGUAACUCGCAGUGCACCCCUCAUUUUAGUACAGUCUUCACAGUAGAGACCACUACCUUUUCUGAGAGUCUAGUUUCGCUAAAUUUUGAUGAUGAAAUCUUCUUUGGAAGGACAUUGCCUCUAGAAAUAAUUACAGAGGUCCUCCUGAGGUUACCUGUGAAUUCUCUCGGGCGUUUCAAAGCUGUUUCAAAAGAAUGGUAUUCGCUAAUUUCAAGCUCCUAUUUUGUGAUGGCCCAUCUCAAACUUUCCACAAAGAACAACAUAUACAUCCACGACAAGCUCGUCUUUAGCUCCAAAAACUUCGACAUGGAUCUCUACACUUGUUCUAUGUACUCUAUGGUCAAGGAUUCUGUGUUGGCUGAUCCUAUUUACCCUGUAACUCAUGAAAAUUCACCAUUUGAUCGUGUGUGGUGUGACGAUCUUUAUGAGGGUGACUCAAUAUGGUUUGUGGGUUCUUGUAACGGACUGGUUUGUGUGUCUGUAUCUGCUAAUACUAUCAUUUUGUGGAAUCCAACUAUUAGGAAAUCGGCAGUAAUUCCAGACUCUGGCACUGACUUGGACUUUGAUAACUUCAGCAUCACAUAUGCUUUUGGUUAUGAUGAAAUUCACAAUGAUUACAAGGUGGUUGAGUUUUUUGGUGCCAUGCGCAAUACAGGCGUGUAUGAAACUGGAGUAAAGGUUUACAGCAUGAGGACUAAUUCUUGGAAGGUUUUGUCAAAUUGGCCUGGCAGAGAUACAUUUGGUGGGCCGGGCAAAUUUCUUAACGGUGCAAUCCAUUGGUCCGUGUGCGACUUCGAUAGAGCAGCUGACUGGGUUAUUGUUUCUCAUGAUCUUGCUACUGAUACCUUCACCGAGUUACCUUUACCUACGUUUCAUGAUAAUGAUGUCCGAGUCGAGGUACACGUUUUGAGAGGUUGCCUUGCGGUGCAUUGUGAACAUAAUAUUCUCAUGGAUGUAUGGGUGAUGAAGGAAUACGGUAACAGAGAGUCAUGGACCAAAGUCGUUUCCAUCCCAUUUUUUCUGGAUUUUAGGGAUCAUUUAUUUAUCAGACCUUGUCCGCUGUUUUUUUCAGAGGAUGGCAAGAUAUUAAUUGACUAUGGAUCAACCAUACGCGUAUAUGAUCCAAGCAAUGAACUCUUCCAUCAUUUUAGCACGACCUUUGAAGUUGAGGCUAUAACAUACAUCGAAAGCUUAGUGUCGCCCGAUCUGAAUGCUGAAGAUUCUCCUGAAGUUCAUUUUGGGGCAUAACUGUGUAGUCUUGUAUGGUAGUUUCUCGUUUUGAGGCAUCCUCUGAAGCUGCUGCCAGAUGUUGAAAGCUUAGUCCCUACUAAGUUUUGACACGAGCUGGAGAGCUAAACUCAACAGUGAGUUUAUGCUAUGUUAAGAUGGUUAUCAUACAUAUAUUUCUGCUUUAAAUCGACCCUUUAAUGCUCAGUUGGUUUUAGAGUUUGAAUUUAUAUGUCAUAUGCAAUAAAAAGCAAUAUCUUCUAACUUGUA